UCUCUCUCUCUCUCUCUUCCUGGACGACUUUAUGCUUUCUCUGUACUUUGAGAGUUGUCCUGGAUAUUUGGCCUGUUGCACAACCGCUGUCACAGCUUGAAAAGCCGGACCGACCACCUCCCGUCCUCCUCCUCCUCCUCCUCCUCCUCCUCCCCGGUGCUUCGACUCGCUCCUGCCGGUAAAACCCUGCAGACAUGUCCGCGAACGGAGGCGCGCCUGCCGGCGUCCUGUCUUACGAGACGCUGGUUCACGCCGUGGCGGGCGCGAUGGGGAGCGUGACAGCUAUGACCGUCUUCUUCCCGCUGGACACGGCUAAGAGCAGGCUGCAGGUGGACGAGAAACGGAAGUCGAAGUCCACCCACAUCAUACUGGCUGAGAUUGUGAAGGAGGAAGGCCUUCUGUCUCUGUACAGAGGCUGGUUCCCCGUCAUCUCCAGCCUCUGCUGCUCCAACUUCGUUUACUUCUACACCUUCAACACACUGAAGAAGUUGACGGUAUCUGGUCCAGGGAAGUCCAGACCCGGCAAAGACCUGCUGAUGGGGAUCGUGUCAGGUGUGGUGAACGUGAUCCUCACCACUCCCAUGUGGGUGGUCAACACGCGGCUGAAGCUGCAGGGGGUGAAGUUCAGGAACGAGGAGCUUCACCAGACGCAGUACCGAGGCAUGUUUGACGCCUUCUCGCAGAUCAUCGCCAACGAGGGGGUGGGAACGCUGUGGAGCAGCACUCUGCCCUCGCUCAUCCUCGUCCUCAACCCGGCGGUGCAGUUCAUGUUUUAUGAGGGCAUGAAGAGGCGAGCGGGCAAGGGGGGGAGGAAGAUAUCUUCAGCAGAGAUCUUUGUCAUCGGAGCCAUCGCCAAGGCCGUGGCGACCACUGCCACGUAUCCUCUGCAGACAGUUCAGGCCAUCCUCAGGUUCGGCCAGUACCGGGGCGAGGAGAACAGCGGCGUGCUCGGAGGCCUCUCCAACAUCUUCUUCCUGCUCAUGGACAGAAUCAAGAGGAAUGGCUUCCUCGGUCUGUACAAAGGCCUGGAGGCCAAGCUGCUGCAGACGGUACUGACGGCCGCCCUCAUGUUUGUGGUGUACGAGAAGAUCACCGCUGUUACCUUCAAAGCCAUGGGCCUGAACAAGAAACUCAAACGCUGAGAAAGCACACUUUAACGCGGAGCAGCAUUGUUGCGCUCAUCAGUAGGUCUGAUCGGUGCCUAACGAUGAAUUAUUUGUGCUCGGAGUUGCGUCAGCGACGUGCACAUUGCAUUAAGAGAUAGGACUGGUGGCCUUUAGGGCCACAGAUUGCCUGAUUUCCUCAAAAUUACUGUAAACCAUGACCAAUGAAGUGCUCAUUGUAGCGUUCAACCUCUUCUACGUGUGCAGAUUUUUCUACACCCGUAAAUGUCUGUUAAUAUUGUUAAUUUGUUGAGUCACAAAGCAGAUUGUUCCUACAAUCUGUUGACCUCCUGUAGAACAGGUCGUUCUUCCCUCGCGGUGUCACGGAAAAAUGAAUGUUGAGCGACAUUCAUUUGCAGUCAUUUAAAAAAAAGAAAGUUUGUAACAUUGAAACCUGGGACAGUUUUUAAAUAUUUUGAUUGAAAAUGAUCACUGUUCACUGUUUGUCACUGUCUGUGUUCAUGUGACAGUUUGAAGCACUUCAUCACUGCUGCAGCGACAAAAACUCUCUUCCAUUUACUUUUCUUUCUCUUCUCUUGUGUUUAUAACCGCUUUCAUAUCCCGGCACACGACCGCCACCUAAUUCACAACUGAGUCGACUAAAGGCGUCGUGAUCAGGAUGACCGUGUGCAAAAUCUGGACCAGCUGUUUCAUGUCAGAAUAAUGUUCAUCGUCUUGUUGAAAUUAUAAAGAACAAAAAGCCAAGAAUACAUGGGUGAAGAAUUUUAACUGCCACGUUAAAUCGAUCGUUUCCAUUGGAAUUUGCUUGUAAAAUAGUUAAAAACUUAACAGUUUGAGAGUAAAGGUGACACGUGUGCAAACAUUGCAGUCGGUAUUAAGUGCCUCUAAUUGUAUGUGAACUGACACAAACAUCUAAUGCAGAGUUCUUUCUACUAUAUUUAUUAUUGUGGGUCAGUCGCAGCUACACGUGACUGAUUAACUGCAGUUCAUCCAGCUUGAAUUGUAAUCAUCGUGGAGGUGCCGGCAGCCUUUGGACUGUUCAUUGUACUUGUCUGCUGUGGCCUGGUAUGAAGUGACUGUUUGUUUGCCCGAAUCGCACAUUUACCAGGUUUUGUUGCUCUGGAAGCUGGUCAGUGUGUCUCGCUUAGUUAUAUAACAUCUCAGCGCAUCACUUGUUUUAUGACAACUGGUAUUAAUUUCCAAAGUGGAUUUUGACUUGUUUACAUAAAAUACUUUGCUACUUAUCUCCUAAUAUCGAAUGGUUUAUAUUCUGUUCAUUCAUUUACUGCUAUUUUUGACAGAAUCAUUUUGUAAUUUUGUUUAAAUUAGCAAUAACUCUGUUUUUGAGGUUUGAAUUAAUGUGAUAACCAGGGAACAAUAAAAUCUAAGAA